CAAAGAACGUUUCUAUUACCUCACCACCAGUUUCCAACAGCAUCCGUGGAUCGAUCAUGGCUUCGGUGUAACAAACGAAAGUUGUGCUACUAGAUUAGAGUUCGUUUUUGUGUUCUAAUUGGUUGUACAUGCUUCCGAUCCGGUUCAGCGAUGAAUGAAAGGAUAGAUUUUCGCAUGUGCUGAAAAUGAUGAAUGAUGUGCCGUAAUCAGAUCGUCAUCGCGACCUUCAACGAGAUUGCAAAGAAGAAAAAAAAACACAUACCGUGAGUGCGAGGGAGAGAGAAUCAUAUAGAACGCCCGCUAGCAUUUGUAGUUGGAAAAGGAGGGAAAACUCCAGCGCUUCAGUGUGCGUGCGAGAGUGAACAAAGCUGUGGUGUGUGCAAAGUUCAACUUUUCUCACCAGAACCUACCAGCAGCAGCAGCAGCAGCAGCAGCGGGACAGCUGGAGAAGAAGUGCUGAAAGUGUCGGUCAACGCGUUUGAUUUCCUGCUUUGUGCUGCCCUCCGUGGGUGAUUGGAAAGAAAAUUUCGUGGAAAAUCAUCUUGCUGUUGGUUCUAUCGAGGACAAGUCCAGCAUCAAACGCAGCCGUCAGGACGCGAUAGCGAGAACGGGCAAUCAUCGGCAGCGGAUCGAUCGAUGAAGACGGAAAGCUCAUCCCCAUAAAACCGUGCGCUAGCCAUCGACGGAAUUGGCCACUGAAACCGAGGGAAUCGGAUCCAAGCAAUCGCGACAAACCGAAUCGGUGGCCAAGAGGUGGUCGCCCACGUUUUUUCCUUCAGAAAACACCAGUGUGAACCCGGCGGUGGCAGCGCAUCCGCGCCAGCCUCCUACCGUGUCCACCACCACGAACGGCAGCACACUGGGUACCCGGGUACGGCUCUGUCGGCAGACGAUGGCCGAGGUUGGCACCAGCUCGAGCGGGGACGGCGAGUCGGGCACGCCAGCGACGGAUGGCAAACAGCAGGCCACGACGACGACGACGACGACGACGAAAGGCACGGUAAAGUUUACCGAAGCCGAUCUGGCUGCCAUCAAACAGACCAGCGACACGCUGAAGCGUAAUCCAAAGAUUGACUUCAGCAAGGCGGAUUUACUGAAGCUGCUCAGCUAUCUCGAAGGUGAACUGCAGGCACGCGAUGUCGUGAUAGCGGUACUGAAAACCGAGAAGAUCAAACAGUUGCUAACUGCGCCGCGCUACGGUAAACCGACGAACUUGAACGAUCCACAUGCGGCACUGUUUCGGGAUCAGCUGGCCGCCAGCGGUAAUAUUGCUAGCCGACAGUCUUCCAUUCAGGCGGCCCAAUCCGAGCAUGAGAUGCGCCUAAUGAACGAUCAGCGGAGUGGCGUCAGGGAGCAGAUGGAUUCGCUGGCCACACUCGUCAUGCAGCAGCGCCAGGCCCAGGCCAAGAUGAUCGAAGCCUUGAAGGAUGCCGAGGAACGUCACAAACGGGUAGUGCAGGAGCUGUACGAUGAGCGGCGCAAGCACGAACACACGACGGCCCAGGGUGAUGAUAUCACGUACGGGUUGGAAAUCGAACGAUCAAGGCUUAAACAAGAGCUAGAUCACGAACGGGAGCAGCAUAAGGUGCUAGAGAUCGAACUGAAGAAGGUGCAGGAACAGUUUGAGUCGGAAAAACACCGCCAAAAGCAGAUCGUACUGUUGCUGCUGGCCGAGCGGAAGAAGAUUAUCAUCAAAUACAUCGAGGAGCGUAAGCGGAGCGAAGAUUUGGCGCAAAUUCUGUCCGAGGAGAAGCAGCGCGUCGAUACGAUCGCCGAAGGAUUGGAAGAGGAGAGUAAGAAAUCGCUCCGGAUGGAGGCGGAACUGGAGAAGCAGGCGCAGCAGUUUGAAAUGGAACGCAAAAUGCUACACCAGAGUUUAGCGAAGGAGGAAAAACGCGUAAAGGAGCAGGAUGUGGAGAUAAUGCAGCUAAAGGCGGAAAUUGAAUUACUUCGCAAGCAAAGUGGCAUCAGGCAUCCAUUGGUUGCACCCCAGCUACCGACAAAACCCGGUGGCCUUGUACCAUCACGACCUUCAAUUGGCGGGGCCAGUACCGGCGCUUCGCCGGCAAACGUGCCCGGGAGUGGUGCAAACACACACGGCGGAUCGGCCGGAACGGGAGCGAUUCUAACGGGCGUUCUACCCGGUCAAAUGAUAAGCAGUAUGGCGACAAAGGUGGUCCAACCAACGGCAACCGUCUCCAGUGUUCCCGUUUCGGCACCAACAACUGGAAUAGCACGGUCCGUUUCGCCCGGUCAGCUCAUUCGACAAACGGCCAUUUCACAGUUAUCCGUUACCUCGCCGUCGCUGGUGGGAGGCGCAACGGGAUCACCGGGCGCACCCGGUAGCACUGGCACCGGGAGCACGGCCGCACCAUCGGCGGAGACCUACGCCAACACACCGACCGGAAAGAUGGCGGGUGCUGGCGUACGUAAAGCGGUCGGUAUUGCUGCUGCAACCGUGAUCGGCGGUGGCGGAGGAGCGACGGCAGUCGGCACAGGAAUGGCUCCAGCGGCAGCAACCACCGGUUCGACGGCGACCAUCAAGAAGACAAUAAUUCCUCCGGUAGGUGGUCGCGGUGUACCGCCGCCGAUACCACCCAACAAGCCACAGAUACCGCCGAAGCUGUCGGGUGUGUCGGCUGUAGCAGCAGUAGCGGCCGGUGCCGUCUCCUCUCGCAUACCGUUCCUCAGCCACGGUGGCAGUAGCAGCAGCAGCAGUAGUAGUGGAAGCAGCACCGGCUCUGUAGGUGGCAGCGUUGGAACUCCUGUUAGUCCUGUCGGCAGCAGCGGCAGCAGCAGCAGCAUCAGUAGCAUCAGCACAUUCGGCACAAUUGCCCCGAGCGGCGGUAGCAACGGGUCGGCUUCGGCGAUCAGCAGCAGUAGUAGUAGCGGUGUCCCUAGCAUUAGUGUGGCCAGCAGCACCGCCUCCUCACAGAGCACCGCCAAUAUUGCGCCAUCAAACUCUGCAAGCGUCAAUGCAAACGCCUUACCGUCGCAUCCGCAUCAUCAUUCACAGCAUCAUCCACACCAUCCUCAUCAUCAUCUUCCGCCUCCGCAUGGUUCUUCGUUCACCGGCGGCGCAUCACCGUCCACACCGUCACUCAAUAAUGUUAUCGCCUCUCCAACAGUUGCCAGCGCCGCCGGUAGUGGUGUCGGGGUCGGCGUCAGCGCAUCAACAACAGCAGCCCCGACCAUCUCUGCCCAGCAGCAAAGUCUUACGCCGGCAGGCUCAUCUUCAUCCGUUCCAUCAACCACCGGUGGGCCAUCCGAAAUACUGACAAACGUCGGUUGCGAAGGUGGGAUCGUGUAAAACCGUUCGCUACUAAAAACCACCUGCACUUACACGGACACCAACAAUCAGCCUUACAUAAGCACACACACACACACUAACAAACACAUAACUAGGCUUGAGUGUACAAUACGCCAGCAUCCUCUCGUCGUUCUGUACUUAAGUAGUCUCUAGUAACAGGUAACCGUGAAAGAUGCCUGAUCUCGGUGCUUAAUCCAGAACAUCACUUGAUCGAUGAUCUUGCCUAAUUUUUAUCCAUACCAUUUCCGAUAUCCGUGAAAUUUUUAAUAGACAAUUUUAGUUUUUAUUUAAAUACGUUUUAAUUCGUUAGAAUGCAUCACAUGGGUAAUUCAUUCCCCUAUUGGCUAGUCAAUAUAAACACGACCCCACGACGAUCAAUGGUCGGAUGCUGGUGAGCGCGUGAUGUAGUGGAAGCGAUUCAAUGUUUGGUUAAUGGAGAUGCAGUCCACUUCAACGUAACGUCGAAACGAUUUUUACAAUGGAACGAUGGAAAAACGGAAAAGUAACUUUUUUUUCAUACAGUAACUCCUGUUGGAUUUUUGUACCAAUGUUAUAUGUUUCAUUAUCGGUAGUGUUUGAUUAUCUCAGUUGUAAGUUAAUAAGCUAGAGGACAACACAAACCCACACAUCACAUUACUCAACUUAACCGUUUACAAAGCUAUUAGCCUCGGUCUUACCUUAUCAAGCGGUUAUCUAACAUCACACCGAGACACACAUGCAAACAUACACAAACAGCCACCAUUCACUCACUCACUCAAUGCCAAUGAGUAUUAUUCGCCGAAAGCUUCUUCACAUUCUUGUUGCCACAAUAUCGUUAGUAUCAAAUCCGUCUGUUGCCUCAUCAACCAAACCAGGUUAGCAUAAGCAUAAAAUAUAUUAGAAAUACAUCACCUUUUGACCUUGCAGCAGAAGUUUCACAUCUACUCUGAGAUCCGCUCCGUGCAAACAAAGUACGAGGAAAGCAUUACGAUAAACAUAUAAGGCUAUGCAACAUAUUAAAGUACGAAACCGUGCAUAAUCCCGCUUCAGUCGGUACUCUAGGAUGGAUGGGAUUGCUGAAGGGUUUGGUUACGUGUUAUGCACUGAUAGCAGGCCCCGGGGGGAAGUAAUUUCCAUCGCACCAUGCGGCGUCACACAGCUAAUAACUAGUUUCGAAAUCAAAGCAAUAUAUAACGCCGCUUAUCGCGCGGCUGUGUCAUUCGAUGUAGUGUCCUCCUUCUGGAUACAAGCGUAGUGGAGAAGCAUGAAAGCAGUUUUCGGUUCCGUUUAGGAGUCUACCCACAAGGUGCUUGUGGAUGAUCCGAGUAGAGAAGGCCCGGCGCUGAGGACAAGGUGCUUCCGAUGUAUGUAUUCUCAGUUGUCCCGGUGUCAAUGGACACCGCUUACCUGUGUACUAUGCUUGCGAAGGGAAUAUAUGUAUGUGUGUCUUUAAAGUGUGCACGAGCAUCCGUUGGCGAUCACACUAUCCUGCCGAGCGAUUUGAUCUGAAAGUUGUUUAAAGAAUUCACGAAACACAAUCUUAAAACAAUAGUGAACUGCUGUGAUUAUUCCACUUUGUACUUCUACUUUUACUAUCUACCGGAAGGUCGAAAUUGCGUAGGUGUGACCGGAACGCAAAGUCAUAACCAAUUAUUAAAGGAUAGCGGUUACGGAUAUGGCAGUGGAAAGAGCCAGUUGUGGGGGUUAAUCCGCGUGAGCUCGACAGUGACUGUACAGAGGGAACGGAUCUUGCACCAUAGGUUUAGUUGAUGUAUCAUUUAGGAUUCUUAUCUUAGAUUUUUGUUAGCGUGCUGCUGUUGAUAAUGAAACAUUUGCCGAACUCUUCCACACAUUAGACGAAUUAGUAGCAUCACUUUUUGUUUGCCAUUAUUCGGUCAAUACCAUUUAUCGUGGAGGUAUACGAUGUUGAGAGAAAGGUUUCUUAUCUGCUUUUAAACAGGGCACUCAUGUAUGGUUGCUAGAUAUUUCUUCACGAUAGCGAUAGAUAAAAAUGUGACAUAAAGGGAAUGUUGAAGAACGCUCAUCCGAAUGUUCUUUUUACCACACAGUGAGUAAACACACUGAGCGUAAUGUCUACUGACGAAUGCUGUUCGGGUUAUUGCUUGCAAUACUGAUGUGAUACUUUCCAGCUACGACUUACUGACUAGACUUAAUAGUGUGUAUUAUCAUAUGAUUAGAUUUUGUAUAAGUUAGCGUAUUUCGUUCCGUUCAUAGUCGCAGCUAGCUCUCACGUCACAGUCAGGAACCUUUUCGCAAUAUUAUUUCCUGUCAAUGAUAAUGUGUAGUACAUUUGAUACCACGUACACUUUAACCCGUAUAGGCAUCUGCAUCCGAGUACGGGUAUCUUCGUUACGAAGUGGAUGAUUGGCAUUAACACGCCGGCCCACUGCGCACACCUGCUCAAGUAGCAGUUACGCUAAAUCCUGAAACUACCGUAAGGGUGGUGCUGGAAUUGGUGUACAGGGUCAAUAAAGGAAUAUAAUACUCUCAAGGGAAAAACAAAAAAAUACACAACUCACUUAGCUGAACCUAGCGAAUAUUAGCCAUCUGCCCCAUUGUAGACUCGAACUCAUUACUAUAUUGUCCACGGGAAGUAUGCAGCUAGCAUAUAACAGCGUAGAGACAUGCUACUACCGUUGGAUUACAUGUUACUAAUACUAAUCAAACAAGCAUACCUAGAGUAAUGUAAGUGAAAGUGUUCUGUAAGUGAAGGUGGUGCUACUACGAAGGGAGUUCAUCUGAACUUGAACUUGAAAGGCUACCGUUGUUCCAUACGAAACAAGGUCCAGUGGCCCAGCGCAGGCUCGCUGUAGUGUAAAGAAGCUGGAAAAACACAAAGUUAGUUCUGGAGAAGAGUGUUUCUGUAAUAAAAAAAAAAUGAAUGAAUAAACCCGCUGCUAUACUAGGUGCCCACAACAUA